AUGUCUUCAAAUUCUUCCGGAGGAACGGCUCGUCAGUCGAGUGGGAAAACUUCUAUAUUCUCUAGGAAUAAAUUCCCCAAGGUUGCGCAGUUCUCCUCGUCCACACUAAAAGGAGGCGAGACACAUCCAUCAUCAGAUGCGGAUCCGCCCAAGUCCCGGAGCAAGAGCCACCACCGGCUUUCCUUGUCAAGUACGAAAGGGGACCGAGAUAAUAGGGACAGCCAUUACUACCCCUCAGAAUUAUCGCCAACCAUGGCCAAUGGAUUGAACUAUUCUGCUGGUGUAGUUACCUCAAUACCCUACGAUUCAGUAGCAGCAGAUCUGAAUCGACAGCCGGUUCCGGGUCCCGCGGAUUAUCCUCGCCCCGUGUCUCGAGGCGACGAUCAGGUUACUCCUCACGCAUUAGGACGAACGGGAGACUUUCACCAAUAUCCUUCUGUGUAUCCUCAGCAACAGCAGGAUCAGCAUUAUUCUCAUCCUUCGGGACCAAGGCCACCCCCUUCCAGCUCUUCCUCAGCAACAGUGAUGACCUCUCCAGCACAUCAUUAUCAUCAUCAGGGACCACCAAGUCCAUAUGCGAACGCGACAUUUUCGUCUCGUCAACAACAGCAUGACAACCAUUCUUCUACACCCAGCUUCUACAACUCUAUGGUUUCCAGCUCGUCCAAUUCUACCUAUCCCCGUUCUUCUUCUGACCAGAAUUCCCUAUACUCCUCUAUUUCUUCCACCACACGGAAUUCAGUUCUUUCUGUGACGCCUAGCGUCGCUGACCUGGUUCCUUCCCCCAUGUCAUUUCAGUCUGCGGACGGGUUUAUUCUUGAACGACCGCGCGAUGACCGUGUCGUGGAGGCCAUGUUUUACGAAUUAAUGGAAAAGCGUGGGUACAUGAAUCUUCCCGAACAAGCCAAACGGCAAAUGAUGGCAUAUCCGCCGAGCAAGAAAUGGGUUAUGGUUCACCAAGACAAACUAGCCGAUUUCCAAGCGGAACAGAAGAGACGAACUGCCGCCCAGGCACAAGGGCGUGACUUAGACGAAGACAGUCCAGAGUGGUACGUGAAGAAGAUACUGGAUGGGACCAUUAGCGCGAAGCAGCUCGGGAGUUUGAGUGUUUCCCUGAGGACUCAACCAAUCAGGUAUGCAAAGCCUCAUGGAAUUUGCGAUAUACACGGGUUACUGAUGAAUUUCUUUCCCUGUGGCAUAGUUGGGUAAAGGAGUUUAUUGAAGCCCAAGGACAAGUUGCUCUUACUACUGUUCUGCGGGGUAUAAACAAUCACAGUGGAAAAAAUAGUGGAACCGAUGCGAUGCUUGACCGGGAAUACGACAUUGUCAAAUGCCUAAAGGCAUUGAUGAACAACAAAUACGGUGCAGACGAUGCUCUCAGACACCAUCACUGCGUUUCCGCUCUUACGGCAUCUCUUACGUCCCCAAGGGUGACAACUAGAAAACUCGUCAGUGAGGUUUUGACCUUUUUGUGCCAUUGGGAUAGACCACAUGGCCAUACUAGGGUUCUUGCAGCACUGGAUCAAAUCAAAACGCAUCAGGGUGAAAAUGGGAGGUUUGACUCAUGGCUCAGGAUUGUGGAGGUCACUAUCGAUGGUAGGGGCAAGCUUGGAAGUCUUGUGGGUGCUAGCGAUGAAGUCAGAUCUGGGGGUAUUGGGAUGGAGAGCUUGCUCAUGGAAUAUGCUUUGGCUACUCUAUUCCUUAUCAACAUAAUAGCCUCAGGAGCCGAUGAUCUGCAUGCCAGAAUUCACAUCCGAGCUCAGUUCAAAGGAUGUGGGUUUGUGAGGAUAGCGGCCAAGAUGCAAGGAUUCCAGUACGAACUAAUUGACAAGCAAAUCCAGAAGUAUGAAGAGGAUGCCGCUGUCGACUAUGAUGAACUCAUGGAGAGGGAUGGAGGAAGUAUGGUUGAUAGUCUCGAAGGGGAUCCAAAGGAUUUGAACGACCCAGUAGCUAUUGUGGAUGCUAUAAUGAGUAAAGUUCGGGAUACCAGAACCCAGGAUUAUUUCAUGUCGACGUUACAACAUCUCCUGCUCAUGAGGGAUAACAAUAAUGAGGACCGGCUCCGGAUGUUUCAACUCGUUGACUCGAUAUUAGGCUAUGUGGUUAUGGAUCGGCGUCUACCAGAUAUGGACUUGAAAGCGAGCCUCAACUUUUCGGUUCAGGCUUUGAUGGACAAACUGCACACCGAUGGCGAGGCUAGACAUGCAUUGGAAGAGGCAAGCGAGGCUAGACAAAUUGCAGAGAGUGCAAUUGCCGAACGAGAUGCUAUGAGAGCCCAAGUUGACAUGGGUGCGGACGGCCUGAUUGCAAGGUUAAAAAAGCAAUUAGAGGAACAAACCCAGGUCAUUGAAAUCCAGAGGAGACAGAACGAGGGCCUGAAAGGGGAGCUAGAAGAGAUUAAGCUUGCACAUGCUAUGCAGAUGCAAAAGAGCGAACUGGAAACCAGAGAGCUAUAUCUUAUGCUUCGUGAUACUCAAGAUGCAGCUGACGCUGCGCAUGCCGAAAGGGUUAAGCAGGCGAGGAAGGAUGGUAAGCCCAUACCAGCGGAAGCUGAUGUUACACAAAUGAAGGGAAUAUUGGACCGCCGACGGUUGAUGUUACGGUUGGAAACUCAGCUAGAGAGGAAGAAGACAGAAUUCAAACUGGAAGGCAAAGUGUGGCAGCAGGUUGCCCCGAGUGACAGGUUGAGAGAAUUGAGGGAAAGGAUGGACGCUGUGCAAAGAGAGGCUAAGCUUCUUGAGCGGGAACAUUUCGAGGAAGCUGCUCGACAGAGAAAUGUUUCGGCAACCUUUGGAAGCGUCAAACGUGGGGGCAACCAAUCCUCUAACUAUCGGCAAGCCUCUGUUCCUGAAACGUUGGCCGAGCGUGAGAGGAUGCGCGGAGAAAGGGAAGACGGAAUUGCGGAGGAGACUGAUGAUGACGAUUUCAUUGAGUAUGCGACGCCAAGGAUCGUUGAGGUAGGCAGGAGACCGCUUGCAACCAAGGAUCGCUACAUACCCAGGCCAAAAAUGAACCCCGAACGAGCUACAGGUAUCUUAGGGGAGAUUGCCGCCAAGGUUCCAGUCAUUGAUCCGGACGAAGAGGACAAAGAGGCAGAGGCCAAGGAUAUCUCAGACACUGGAGAUGGCGUGACCACCGGGCGCUCUCACUCGAGCAUAGAGUCGGACUCCCCAAAGACUCCGGUGGAUGAAGUAGCCCCAAGUGGGGGUGUCAAGUUCGAUGGUUCCCCGCCCCCGCCCCCUCCCCCACUUCCCCCGGCGGGUUCACCUCUUAUGCCUGGAUUUUCAACAUCUGCGCCUCCUCCGCCCCCUCCACCGCCAAUGCCAGGGUCCGGUGGUGCCCCAUUUCCCCCGCCCCUGCCCAUGCCGGGCUUCGGGGGCGCCCCCGCCCCUCCACCUCCUCCAAUGCCGGGCUUCGGCGGUGCCCCACCUCCACCUCCUCCCCUUAUGCCUGGCUUUGGUGGCGCUGCUCCACCUCCUCCCCCGCCUAUGCCUGGCUUUGGUGGUGCGCCGCCCCCUCCUCCUCCCCCACCUCCGGGUGGAUUCAAGAUUGGUGGGCCUCCAGCGCCAGGCAUGCCACCACCACCUGCGAUACCUGGUGCUUUCCCUCCGACAAGCGGACUUGCAGGAUCCUUUUAUACAGGGAUCAGACCCAAAAAGAAGCUCAAGCCCAUGCAUUGGGAGAAGCUUGAUGGUGUUGAGUAUACUCUUUGGGCAAACCGUAUUGACAAGGAAACUAUGUUUGAUGAGCUUAGCAAGAAAGGUAUUCUCGAGGAGAUGGAACGCCUUUUCGCGUUUAAAGAGACUAGGAUGUUGAAGAGGGGUAAGGAUAACGAAGAGAAGAAGAAGGAAUUUUUGGAUUCUGGUCUUGUCAAGAGUCUUCAGAUUGCGCUCUCGAAAUAUACUGGAUUGUCGGUUGAGCAGCUUGUCAAGAAGGUCGUCAGUUGUGAUAAAGAUAUCCUGGACAAUGCCGCUAUCAUGGACUUUUUGCUCAGGGACGAAAUGUGCAAUAUCAGCGACAAUCUCUCAAAGAAUCUGGCGCCGUAUAGUACGGACUGGACGGAGACUGACGCCGAAAAGCAGAAGAGGGAAUCUGAUCCAAAUGAACUGAGGAGAGAAGACUACAUUUACCUGGAGACGGCCUACAAUCUCCAUCAUUAUUGGAAGUCAAGGAUAAGAGCCCUAGCACUUACAAGAAGUUUAGACCCGGAUUACACAGAGCUUCAGGGAAAAUUACAUCAGGUUGUGAAGGUUUCGGAUGUUGUUCGGGGAUCCAAGGCCUUCCACGGUGUGUUGAAUGUAAGUCAUUAGAAAUCACUCGGCAAAAUCACGUGGAUACUAACUCAUAUUCUAAGGUCAUUCUUACGAUGGGAAAUUUCAUGAAUGACGCUAGUAAGCAAGCAACCGGGUUUAAGCUUGGUACGCUCUCGAGAUUAGUCAACGUCAAGGAUGAGAAAAACCAGCGCAGUUUUAUGGAUUACAUCGAAAUGUCGAUUCGGAAUAAAUUUCCUGAAUGGCAAUCGUUCGUGGAUGAGCUCUAUGAGUGUAUUUCACUUGAGAAAGGUUAGUGCCAUGAUCAAUGUGGCGAUAUGUUCCUAAAAGUACAUACUGAUUGAUUGAAAAUAGUGGACGUGGAUAAUUUGAUGAUGCAAGCUAAGAGGUUCACCGAUAACAUUAACAAUAUCCAGGCGUCUGUAGACUCAGGAAACUUGAGCGAUCCUAAGAAGUUUCACCCCUCAGACCGCGUGCUUCAGGUGGUGUUGCCAAUUUUGCCGGAAGCGAGGAAGAAGGCUGGAUAUCUUAAAGAUCAUCUUGAGGCCAUGACCAAGACUUACGACGACCUUUUGACCUAUUAUGGCGAGGAUCACACGGACGAGACCUCGAGGAAGAGAUUUUUCAAGAUGAUUUCUGAUUUCGUAAAGAACUAUAAGGUAAGAGCUUUCUUUACAUUUCUAGUGCAAUACUCUAAUCUAGGUCUUUAUCCAGGCAUCCAACCAGAAGAAUUUGGAACUUGAGGAUGAAGAAAAACGGCGGGAAAAGAGAAAGCAAAUUCUCAGUGCAGCUGCACACAACCAGAAAGUCAGCGAGGCACUUUCGCCCAACAGUUCUGGUGCGAUGGAAGCCCUGUUCGAGAAACUGAAGCAGGCUGGACCGGCCCAAAGAGAAAAACGCGGGGCUCGCCGCGGAAACCUUGCAAGAGGCGGUCGAAGAACUGCCUCCGGCGCAAGCCGAACAGCAUCAGGAGCAAGUGUUGCCGAGAGUGUCGCUGGGGAACAACCAACUUCGUCAAAUGAGGCCCCACCUUCUCUCUCACCACUUCCCUCAAUACCCUCCUCGGCAACUGAAGAGGAAGAUGCAUUGACCUCGAAAACGCAGGAAAUGCUGAUUCAAUUGAGAGGUGAGAAUAGUGGAGAUUCAUUAGCUGCUUCGGCGAUGCUCGGAGCUCAGGGGGCUGGUACUGCGGGUAGUCUGAGGGUUAGACGGCGGAGGGGCAGUGGAGAGGAUCUUAGGAGGGAAAGGCGGCGACGACAGGGCAGUAAUGUCUCUGCUACGGGGGCGGCUGCCAUCGUGGGCAGUGCCAACGGAGAAAGUGUCGAAGAUGCAGUGGCAAAGGCCAAGUUGGCGCUCAUGAACAUGCGAAGGGGAUCGGACGAUGCAAUUGACGAUGAGGCGGGACUCUCCGGUGGAAAAUCACCAACACCUACUACCAUAGUUUCUCCACCUUCUCCCGAACCUCGGAAGCAGAAUGAUGAUUAG